UAUCAAAGCAUUAGCAGAUGUCUUCAUCUCCUUCCCUGGCCACAGAAGACUCUGUGACAUCAAAGAGGAGUUCUAUAGGAUUGCAGAUGGUCUGCAAUGCUGACUGUGUGAUCAGCAAUGUUGUGGCAAAAUGGCCUGGCUCAGUCCAUGACUCCAGAAUCUUUCGGGCCUCUGAAAUCUAUCAGUGCCUAUCACAAGGUGAAUUCUCUGGUGUGUUGCUGGGAGACAGGGGGUAUGGCUGCCAGCCUUUUCUCCUGACACCUUUCACAGACCCCCAGGAAGCACAGCAGGCCUACAACCAUGCCCAUGCCAGGACCAGGGCCAGAGUUGAAAUGACCUUUGGCCUCCUGAAGGCACGCUUUCACUGCCUUCACAAAUUAAGGGUCAGCCCUGUUAGGGCAUGUGAUAUUACUGUGGCUUGUGCUGUCCUCCACAAUGUGGCCUGCCUGAGGAAGGAGAGGGCCCCCAGAGUGCCACCAGCCAUGGACUGGGACAAUCCGGCAAUCUUCCCUGAUGACGACAGUGGUCGGCUGCUGAGGGACCAAUAUGUGUUGAAUUAUUUUAGUUAGUAUGUGUGCUUUCAAUUUUGGUUAAAUAUGUCCUGCGGUGGCAGAGGAAUUUGUUUUUUUUGGGGUUCGUUUUUUUUACGAAUUUGGCCUCUUAUGAUGUUUGUGCGGUAUACUGUGUGUAAUACAAGGCUGCAGGGAGGCUACUGCAUCCAUUAAUUUGUCUGUUCAGUUGAUGUGUAUGGAUUUGUCCUGCAUUUAUUUUAGUGUGCAGACAUGCAGGGUGUGUUAUAUACAGACCUUUGAAUGUGUAUGUAUCAUUUUGUAUAAUAUGCUUGGAUUCUGUGCUUUCCAUCUUGUAGAGUCACUGUGACUUCAGUUUCGAAAGGAGCUGAUGGUUUACCUGCUUUGUUUUGUCCUUAUUCAAUAAAGGAACAUAAUGUUACACAUUGUGUUUUUAUAUUCA